AUGCCAUUGCCUUCAGUGGCUGCGUCAGGGACAUUGCGUGGACUACUGGCAUCUUGCUUCACACGUUCUCGUGGCCUCGCCACUGCUCCUUCUAAGUCCUUCGCCGAAAAACUUGCUGAAGGGCCAACAUUGGAUGACUUUGUGUCGGGGAAUGCUGAGUCGAGUUCACGAGUAGUUCUCGGAUCCACAUCGCAGCCUAGACUGCCGAGUUAUUUGAAGACUAAGAUCCCAACGAGCGCCUCGUAUAAUAAUAUUAAGAAAGACCUCCGUGGUCUCAAUUUACACACUGUUUGCGAAGAGGCACGGUGUCCCAAUAUAGGCGAUUGUUGGGGUGGGAGUGAUGCAGUCGGGACGAGUGACGCCGAGAAGAAGCGUGGGGCCACGGCCACCAUCAUGCUCAUGGGGGAUACAUGUACCCGUGGCUGCAGAUUCUGUUCGGUAAAGACCUCCAAGAACCCACCACCGUUAGAUAUUCAUGAGCCUGAGAACACUGCGGAGGCAAUACGUCGGUGGGGUCUUGGGUACAUUGUUUUGACAAGCGUGGAUCGUGAUGAUCUGGCUGAUGGUGGUGCUGCUCACUUUGCCGAGACCAUCAGGAAGAUCAAACAAAAAGCUCCACAUAUUCUGGUCGAGGCCCUGACAGGCGAUUUCGGAGGUUCCCUCGAUGGCGUCGCUACUGUAGCUAAAUCCGGUCUCGAUGUCUACGCACACAACAUUGAGACUGUAGAAGCCCUUACACCCUUUGUUCGUGACCGACGCGCUAACUUCCGCCAGAGUCUUCGUGUACUGGAACACGCGAAGAAGGAAGGUGUCAACGUCACGAAGACAAGUAUAAUGCUUGGUGUGGGCGAAAAUGAGGAUCAGGUCCUCGAUGCUUUGAAAGAACUGCGGAAGUCGGAUGUUGACGUAGUUACCUUUGGCCAGUACAUGCGUCCAACUAAACGUCAUAUGAAGGUAGACCGUUACGUUGAGCCUGCAGAAUUUGAUCGAUGGAAACAAAUUGCCGAUAACAUGGGAUUCCUCUAUGUUGCAUCUGGGCCGCUAGUACGAAGUAGCUACAAGGCUGGAGAAUUCUAUAUUGAGAAUUUCCUGAAACGGAAGAGAUUAGAUGCUGCAAAGUUAGAAUCGUCUAACCCAUCUUCAGAGAUGAUGGACUCGACCCUACGCCCACUGUUGUAG